CUCAAACCGCUUUGAUCAAAUUUGCAUCGUCUACCAACGACCAAAGUACGCUUGAGUUCAACUCGCGGAAUCACAUCUCCGUCCCAUCAUCGAAGCAGCCGAUCCACUUCCGCCUCAUUUAGAGCCUCGAAGCGACGGUACACCAAGUCGAUCCCAGCACUGACGAGGUCCGGCACCAUCGUCAAAAGAACAUCUGCACGACAACUCGUUGAGAUCAACGAAUUGUUCUUGUUCUUCUCUUCACUCUCGCGCGCGUUUCACGUCGCUGCAUCUGAGCAGAGAUCUUCAACAAGCCAUCCAAUCACACUCGCCUGCCACUCGACAAGUGGACGCUCAUCACAUCGCUCCACGGACCUCGACUUCGCACCAAAAUACAUCUCUUCACCGACUCCCCUCAACCCAGAUCAACAAUGUCUGCACUUCCUGUCCCAUCUGGUCGCGACCGCAUCAACUCGAUUGCGAGCUCCAGCUCUUUCGAAGGCAACCUGACCCCAUCAUCUUUGGGCGCAAGCAAGGAUGCUCAACCCAUCGCCAAGAAGAAACGCUCUGGCGGUGGCAACAAGAAGGGGACCAGUGCCGAGCGGCGGGCCACUCACAAUGCUGUCGAGCGUGCUCGUCGCGAGACCCUCAAUACGCGGUUCCUCCAGCUUGCAGCCAACCUGCCAGCAACGGCAGCCGUUCGACGACCCUCCAAGUCUUUGAUCGUCAACAAGUCCUUGGCAUUCGUCGCAGAGUCUCUAGCCCGCGAGCCAAUGUACCGUGGCAAAAUCUUCGACCUGGCAGCCCAGAACGAGGCGUUGCGUCGUGAGGCUAACGAGCUUCGACGUCAAGUUGGUCUCGAGGUGCACUUUGAAGGGCCUGUCAACCUCGACCUGCCGGCCCCCAUGGCGGACGGCACGUUCGACACCGUCCGACGCGAGUGUAUUGCCAACUUGGUCGCCGAGGGUCAUGACUUCGCUGCAGCUGCAGAGUACGAUGACGACUUCAGCGGAUCUGACGGUGGACGCUUCGUCCCCGACAGCGCCGUCGACGUCAGUCCUUACCUCUCGGCGCAACGUUACCAUCCACCCGCAUACGGUCACGCUGUUGGCACGCCUUCGGACGACGGUCGGCCAAGCACAGGAUACUCCCACCGUCCCAGCACUGGCUACUCAUCGCUGCCACCCUCUGCGAUGGGGAUGCCCCAGUCUGCAUCCGGUCUCCCACCAGCUCCGUUCAGUGGCGCCCCUCAAUACAAUCCGAUCACACCCACAACGCAAGCCAUCUUCAAUCAGAUGCUUGGAUCACUUGACAUUCCACCCGAAGGCGCGCACCCUUACGACCAAUACGCGCCAGCUUACUCCAGCGAGAACGUCAACGAGGACCACCACUACAUGCAAGCUCAGCUUUCAACCUGAGUAUUGACCGUUGACAUUGUUCUUUUACCCAUUCUCCUUCGCUCGUCGCGUCCUUGCUCCUCACGUCGCACAGCUCGUCACACUCUCUUUGAUCCGAUCUUCCCAACCUGCUAACGAGGCGGAGUGAGUCGUGAAAGUCUGAUGUGUCUUCUUCUCACCGCGUUGCCUAGUCUCUUCGCCGUCCUACCAAAUACCCCUUUGAGGCUCCUGGUCUUGAGGGGUGUUGCGAGCUCUCCUUCCACCCCUGUACAUCAGUGUGUCUUGUUUUGGCUUGCAAUCUUAUCUCAUUCGCUCCCUCUACACUUG